CGAAGCCCAAUUAUUAGAAAUCCAUAAAAAUUUAUUAAACCCUUCAGGAACGUAAACCUUGCUGAUCUUCACUCGACGGCCCCAAAACUCCCGACUUGCAUUUCUCCAACCGGAAAACAAUGUCAAAAUGGUGGCGAGCGGCGGCCGGCGUCUUUAAGACUGCCAUUGUAACACCAUCCAGCCGCUGUUUCCACACGAUUCAAGCUAUUCCAAGAGAAAUCUCCGGCCACAGAGUUUCAGUCCGAGAACGAUCCGUGGGGCGCAUUCCCGCCGUGGUCUUCUCCCAAAGCUACGUCCAAAGAGACCCUAACAACCCCACCUCCAUCACCACUGACGCCUCGGUUUCACAAAAGGUCCUCCUUACCACAGAGCGGAAGCAGAUUAAAGCGAUCCUCAAGCAUGUUAAGCUGCCGUUUUUCUGCUCGAAUACUUUUCCCCUCCAGAUCCGAGCCGGGUCGGGUUCUUCAACUAUACUUGAAACCAGAAAAGUCUUACCCAUUAAGAUACAUAUGGACGAAGAGACGGGAAAGAUUAUGAACUUAGUUUUCGUGUGGGCAGAGGACGGAACAGAAUUGAAAGUGGAUGUGCCUGUUGUUUUUGCUGGAGAAGAUGUUUGCCCUGGUCUGAAGAAAGGAGGCCGAUUAAACAGGAUAAGGACUAGUUUAAAGUACUUGAGUCCAGCCGAGCACAUUCCUGCAAAAAUUGAGGUGGAUAUAAGUAAUCUAGAUAUCGGGGACAAAGUAUCCCUGAAUGAUGUCGUUGUUCACCCGAGCUUGAAGCUUCUGAGUAAAAAUGAGACCAUUCCUAUAUGUAAGAUUAUGUCGACAAAUAUGGAAAAUUCUGUAGCCACAAAGUAGUUUCUGAAUCACAAUCUCAGCGUGUUAAACAUAUGCUACAAAUUUCUGGAUCUGCCGGCUUAAUAAAUUUGUGCAUUAUUUAUGAUUCAAAUUUAGUUAAGCUUUGUAAUGUAUUCAUGAAUGAGAUUGCUGUUUAUCUGA